GUCUUUUAACAAUUACACAUUUCCCAGGUAACGUAAGUGAAACAAAGUUGCUGUCAAAGUCAAAAUUUUAAAUGACAGUGUAUCAUCAAAAUUGAAGUUAUAUUAUCAAAUUUAUUCAAAAUUUUCGUCUUGUUACCAUAUUUAAAUUUCAGUAUAUCCAAUCAUGAGGGAGUGCAUCUCUGUUCACAUUGGUCAGGCCGGGGUGCAGAUCGGCAACUCUACAUGGGAGCUCUACUGCUUGGAACAUGGCAUUCAACCUGAUGGAACAAUAUCACCAGAAAAAGAAGUUGUUUCCGAUAAUUGCUAUGGAACAUUCUUCUCUGAAGUAGAAAAUGGAAAAAUGGUGCCGCGAGCAGUUAUGGUAGAUCUAGAGCCGACAGUUGUAGACGAAGUCCGAACUGGUUACUACAAAAAAUUAUAUCACCCUGAACAGCUCAUUACUGGAAAAGAGGACGCUGCAAAUAACUAUGCCAGAGGCCAUUAUAGCAUUGGUAAGGAGAUGCUUAGUUCAGUAAUGGAACGUCUUAAUAAACUGGCUGAAAACUGUUCUGGCCUCCAAGGAUUUUUCGUUUUUCAUUCUUUUGGCGGAGGAACUGGGUCUGGCUUUACUUCAUUGUUAAUGGAGAAAUUAAGCCAAAACUUUGGCAAAAAGAGUAAAUUGGAAUUUGUCGUUUAUCCUGCCCCACAGGUGUGCACAGCUGUGGUAGAACCGUACAACUCUAUUCUGACUACCCAUAGCACCUUAGGUCACUCUGACUGUGCGUUUAUGGUCGACAAUGAAGCGAUUUAUGAUAUUUGUCGCAGGAAAUUGGGAAUUGAACGCCCUGACUAUAUAAAUUUAAAUAGGUUAAUUAGCCAAGUAGUUUCUUCAAUAACAGCGUCUUUAAGAUUCGACGGAGCAUUAAAUGUAGAUCUUACGGAGUUCCAGACCAAUCUGGUUCCUUAUCCACGAAUACAUUUUCCUUUGGCCUCGUAUGCUCCGGUGGUGUCAUCCGAGAAGGCUUAUCAUGAAGGCAUGUCGGUUGCCGAAAUCACUGCAGAACUUUUUGAACCCACAAACCAGAUGGUAAAGUGUGAUCCGCGCGAAGGAAAAUAUAUGGCCUGUUGUCUUCUUUAUAGAGGAGACGUCGUACCCAAGGAUGUUAAUGCAUCAAUUGCCCUCAUGAAAGCUAAGAGCAAUGUUAGAUUUGUAGACUGGUGUCCUACAGGUUUCAAAGUGGGAAUCAAUUAUCAACCUCCAACAGUUGUAGUGGGCGGAGAUCUGGCCAGCGUUCAAAGGGCUGUCUGUAUGUUAUCUAACACGACCGCUAUCGAAUAUGCAUGGAAAAAAUUAAAUAAAAAAUUCGAUUUAAUGUUUGCCAAGAGGGCUUUUGUCCAUUGGUACGUCGGAGAAGGUAUGGAGGAGGGCGAAUUUGCCGAAGCAAGAGAAAAUCUGGCAACACUUGAGCGAGACUACGAAGAAGUAGGGUCGGAAACCGCUGAUAUUCUGGAAGCUGUAUAAAAUUUUUUAAGACUGUCUGGAAUGUUUAAUUUUUUUGAGUAUAUACAGUAGUAAAUCUAGCAAGAAAUGGAACAGUAAAAACUAAUUAAAGGUAAUUAAACAAUAUACUUUAUAGUAAAGUUUAAGGGCUUACUUAAAUAUGUUUCUAAAUACAUCUUGACAAUAACUUUAAAAUGACUUUUUUAUGUUCAUAAUUUUAAAAUAUAAAUUCACAAUAUAUCAAUAUCUCCUAGGAAAUGUUAAUAAUAUUUAAAUAGCUUAAUAAUAAAAAUUUAAGUUAGAGUAUUUCUUUAUUCUAGUGAUUUAAUAUAAGAAAUUGAAAUUAAUUUUAAACUUAUUAAAAUACAUUUUUAAGACAUGAAAACUAAAAAUUUAAGUUAAAGAAAAUCAUAUUAAAGUAAUAUAUUUCAAUUAAUUUAAAUAUAUUCUAGAUAAAAUUUCUCCACUUUCCUUUGUAUUUUCACCUAAAAAUUAAUAUUUUAAGUUAUAUUAUUACAUCGGUUUAAAUAGCUAACAACAUAUUAGUGCAUUAAAUUAGGUUAUAUAAUAAGCUAAUAGAAUACAUAUUUAAAAAUUAGUUAAGAACAUUUGUAUAAGAUUUUUGAACCCAUUUCCUUUUAAGCAAAUUUCAAACCAGUUUUUUUAGACUUCUUAUUUUUAACUUUUGAUUUAUCAAGCACAUGGUUAUAUUAUUCUUACACUGUAGGAUAAACAUAUAUCGUUAAUUCGAUAAAAAAUUUUAAUUCUAUUCUAAAAUCCACUUAAAUGCUUUUGAAUUUCUAAAAAUUGAAAAUUAAAAAUUGUUUUGUAGGCAAAAUUUUUACCAAAGGUCCUUAAACUUUACUGUAAAGUAUAUUUCUGGAGAAUAAAAUGUCUUUUAAUAAUAAUAACUUCGAUCUAUGUCUCCAGAUAUCUUUUUAUGCACCAGUACAUUAAUCUAAAUUAAUUAAACAUUCCAGACUGACAACAUGAAAAAUAUCUCAUAUACAAUUAAUAUCAAUCCUUGUCAAUUUAACAUAAUCGUCACAUAUUCGGAAUAAAAUAUCAUAGAUGUA